UGCAACGGCGAGUAGGGCUUGCCUUCAUUCGAUCAUUCCGACGCCAACGCCGCUGCCGCUGCCGCCCCCUCGUCCUCUUCCUUCACAUAACUGCCGUACGCAGUAUCUGUCGCUGCCCUAGCCUUCUUGUUUGCAAGUCCCAGGGGCCUGCCGUCCGAGUUCAAAUCCAACUUCACCAGAUUGGAGGUAUCAUGAGUAUUCAUUAAUAUAGCUGUUCCUGAUCAUUAAAAGAAUGGCCAGUGCUUCGGUUCAGCCCACCACCCUUCCCGUUGUAGGUGCUUGUAGGAGCCAAUGGCAUCUUCAACGAUCUGGGAAGGCUAGAAGGCCUUGCAAUAAGAUGUGCCAUCUGCAACCAUAUUUUCCAAGUUUGAGAGGCUUUAUGGGCUUGCAAAUAACAGAUAAUUUGAAAUUUUUAUCAAGAUCUGUGUGUGGUCUUCAUUGUGUGGUCUCAGGGUAUGUCUAUAACCAACAGGGAAAAGCUAGGCAGGGAGCCACUGCAGCCAUGCUUGACCUCUUCACAGAGAAGGCAAUCAAGGUUAUCAUCCUUGCCCAAGAAGAAGCAAGACGGCUAGGCCAUAAAUAUGUUGGGACAGAACAAAUAUUGGAUGCUCUUAUUGAUGAAGGCACUGAUGUCACUGUAAAUGAUUUAAAAUCAGUGAGAAACAAUCCUAAAGAUGCACAUGUUCAAAAGGUUAUUCGAGGGGGAAGGAAAUUUGUAGCCGAUAUGCCAUUUUCACCGCAAGCAAAGCAUGUCUUAGAACUUUCAUUGAAGGAAGCUCGUCAACUUGGUCAUAACUAUAUAGGAUUGGAGCACUUGCUUAUUGGGUUACUUCAUCGGGUUGAAGGCAUAGCUACUUAUGUGCUUGAGAAUUAUGGAGUUGAUCCAAGCAACAUAAAUACUCAGGUUUGUGAAUUAUGGAGCCAGGAUACAAAGCUAAAAGCUCAGAUAACUUCUCUAGUUGACAAGGAAAAAGAGAGAAACCAAGUAAAGAUUAAGGCAGUUUCUUCAGAUCUAGUCGUGACAGAAGCAGACAUGAAGCAAACUGCAUCUUCUUGGACUGAAAUUUCUGUGGAGAAUGUCAUGCACAAAGAGUCUGGCCACUUCAUAAGCCACAACAUCCAAACCCACAAAAUCCCUUCUUCCUUCACCAAAAUCCCUUCAUGGGUGUCAUUGCGUUCCUCCCUCUCCCCUUCUCCCUCUUUCCAAGCCCAACAGGAGAAUGGCCUCCUUGAGAGCCUCCACGUUCUUUCCCUGACCAACCAGGGCAGAUUUCAUGAAGCACGGGAGUUCCUUGGUUUCAUGGACUCCUCAGGCAUCUGCAUAAAGCCCCAUGUUUACCAAUCACUCUUUACAGCUUGCGGCACCUGGAAAUCCCUGGAUGAUGGACGGUUCUUCCACCAUCACAUGCUGAAGAGGAUCAGAAAUAGAAACCUGGAUGCUUCCCUUGCUGAUUGCCUCCUUAAGAUGUACUUUGACUGUUCAGGUCUUGAUGAUGCUUGUAAAGUUUUCAAGGAAAUGUCUAGUAGGAUGUUGAGUAGUUGGAGCAUUAUGAUAUGUGGUUUUGCUCGCAGUGGGUAUCUUCAAGAAGCCAUUCAACUUUUCUCUAAAAUGAAAAUUGAAGGACUUGACCCGGAUAUGACAGUUUUUGCCAACUUGUUGCGUACAUGCUCGAAUGACUUAGAGUUCGAGCUUGGCAAACAGAUUCAUUCGUACAUGAUAAGAAUUGGGUUCAUAUCUGAUGUCUUCUCUGAUACAGAGCUUGUUAAUAUGUAUGCUAAAUGUGGGUGCUUGGAUACCUCAGCUCUUCUUUUAGAUCGCAUGGUGGAGAGGAAUGCUGUGUCUUGGACUAGUCUGAUGGUUGGUUAUACCCAGGUUGGGAGGCAGUAUGAGGCGUUGGUCUUGUUUAAGCGGAUGAUGUGGGAAGGCACAAAGUUAGAUCAGUUUGUGUUCUCAAUCGUCCUCAAGGCAUGUUCUGAGAUGGAGAAUUGGGAGGCAGGGAGGCAAGUUCAUGGGUGCAUUAUCAAAUUGGGGAUGGAUUCUGAUGUCUCAGCAGGAACACCUAUUGUUAACUUUUAUGUCAAGUGUGGGAAUAUAUUUGAAGCUCAAAAUGCCUUUGAUAGGAUCUGUCAACCUAAUGAGGUUUCAUGGAGUGCUAUUAUUGCUGGUUAUUCCCAAGUGGGUAGAUAUGAGGAGUGCUUCCGGAUGUUCAGAUACUUGAGGAGUAGAAAAAUGACACGAAAUUCAUUCAUAUAUUCUAGCCUUUUUCAAGCGUCUUCUGCAUUAACUGAUUCCAGUUCUGGUAGUCAAUUGCAUGCUGAUGCAAUAAAGAGAGGGCUUGUCUCCAACCUUGUUGGUGAUAGUGCUUUGGUUACCAUGUAUGCAAGAUGUGGUAAUUUGGAUUAUGCACGUAGGGCUUUUGAGUUGAUUGCUGAACCUGAUACUGUCGCAUGGACAGCUAUUAUUGCAGGAUGUUCUUAUCAUGGUCAGGCUUUGGAAGCUCUGGAUCUUUUCAAUAAGAUGCUCAGUUGUCAGGUUAAGCCAAAUUCCAUCACAUUUACUGGUAUUUUGAAUGCAUGUAGUCAUACUGGGUUGGUUUCUUUGGCGAGAGAAUAUUUAGAUUCAAUGUAUAGGGUUUAUGGUGUGGAAGCAACUUCUGAUCAUUUUAACUGUAUGAUUGAUGUUUACUGUCGUGCUGGCUAUUUGGAAAGGGCGUAUGAAUUAAUCAGAUCUGGUUCCUUCCAACCUGAUGCUCUAAGUUGGAAGAUGUUGUUGAGUGGAUGCACCACUUAUCAAAAUGUGGAUCUUGGGAAGGUUGCAGGGGAGAAUCUUCUUAGUAUGGAUCCCAAUGAUGCUGCUGCCUAUAUCCUCAUAUUUAACAUGUAUGCUGCAGCAGGUAGGUGGGUGGAGGUGGCCUCAGUUAGAAGGAUGAUGAAUGGAAGACGUAUUAAGAAGGAAGUUAGUUGCAGUUGGAUAACAGUUAAGGGUAGUGUUCAUAGAUUCAUUGUGGGAGAUAAACACCAUCCUUUAACCAAACAAAUAUACUGCAAGUUAGAUGAAUUGGACAGACAAAUAAUGGUAUCUGAAUCCAAUGUCACAACAGACAGAAACUCGAAUGUCUUGCACAAAGAGCGUAUGGAGCAGCUUCUUGACCACAGUGAGAGGCUAGCAAUUGCCUUUGGGCUUAUAUCGGUACCAACAUGUUGCCCAAUUUUGGUCUUCAAAAAUCUUCGUGUUUGUAACGAGUGUCAUUCUUUUACAAAGAUGGUGUCCAAAGUAACUGGGCGUGAGAUAAUUGUAAGGGACUCAAGUCGAUUCCAUCAUUUUAAAAAUGGAAGGUGUUCUUGUAAUGACUUUUGGUGACCACAGUGUAGGUGUAAAUUACUAAGCUCAUUGAGGUCAGAAAAUGUCUUUUGUUUGACUGAAGCACUAUACCAACUGAAUCAAAUCUUCAAUUUUUGUCCAUAUGCAAACAUCAACAGAAAAAUUAUCAGUAUAGGAGAUGAAAAUACUGGAAGGUGUUUUGAUCAAAAUGGGGACGCCUCGAGCUUCCAUGGGAGAUCAGAGAACUUGUCGAAUUGCUCAAGGAGAUUACAGAAGAGAACAAGGUAUUCUGCAGCCAUGAUUUGAAAAGAUCUGUCUCAUAUUUUCAAUCAGGGCUCAAAAUCCAUUCCAAGUGCCGAUCUGUUUGGUCACAGUACAGAAGACCCUGGGCUGAUCAUGACUGCUGUUGACAUCAUCAACCAUAUCUCUUUCCAGGUUCAUUUUUGAAAGUGAUAUGUAAUUCAAUUUUCUGACUAAUUAUUUUUCAAUAUUAAUUUAGAUCAGGAAUAUAUCUUAGAGGAAUUUCAUGAAUAUCCAAAAGAAUGAUUUAUACAGGGAGGGAGCUUUCCUAACAUUUGCUAUGAGAAUUCUUAAACUUUUUUUUACGAGAAUCACAUUAUGUUGAUUUAAUUUCAGGGUCUCUGCAUAUUUAGAAAUGUACUGCCAGUGUUUUGCAAGAUAUGUUCUCAUCCAUAAGAAUUACCUUGGGUGCCACUUGCAUUUCUAGGCAGCACAGGAUACAUCCUCCCUAAAGAACAUAGCUGGAUCUCCAGCUUCCAUCCUUAUCAAUGCUGUCAAAGACACAAUCCCUCAAGUGUGUUGCAUAGGAUCUAGUCGACAUGCAGUAUCAAUGGCUGGCUGCUCAUCCACACAGAUUAGUUUGAACAUCUCAAGUUAUAAGCUUUAAAAGCACAGCUUCAUUCUUUCCCCCGGAAGAUAUUAUUGUACAUUUCCUAUUCACAUUCAAUGUAUUAUGCAGUUAUAUAUAUAUAUAUAUAUAUAUAUAUAUAUAUUGAUGAACAGAAGUUUGUCUAUCUUGAUUGUAGUUGUAUAAAUGCUCAAAAUGUUUGGUUUGUA